AUGAAACGUUCACAUACGGUAGAAUCAGGCGAAAACGGUAAACGAUCAGGUAAUUCGUCCCGUAUUAGUCGUAUGCAACGUUGGUCAUUAGCGUUGCGUCGUCAUUGGUUUUCAUCAACUUCGGGCAGAUGCCAGAAAAGUACAGAUUGUGAUUUUGAUAAUCCUGUGGAAGUUAUUUUUGCUACACCUGAAAAGACAGUGCUUGGUAGUUCAUUUAAUGAUGGCUCAUCAGCAUCCUGCUCAACAGAUCGUCCCUUGGUGGAUCCCACAUAUUUAACCAAUAUCACUUCAUCGACGCAAAAUAUUGUUAAAAGGAAAAGUUUGCGGCGUUUCUUCAGUAACGGUCAACAGCAGCAACAACAACAACAACAGCAAGGAUCAUUAAGUGGUAAUCAUCCACGUCCCCAGUCUGUGUCAUUAGCAACACGGAAAGUUAGUGGCCAACAACUUAGAUAUAGUGCAACAGAUCCACUUCAUUCAGGCUCAUCUUCCUUAACCGAUCAACAUCAGCAAGAUCACUUAUUAUCGAGGGAUUUUGUAGAAUCAGAUUUAACGAUUGUUGGUACAACAACAGCAGGAGGUGCUCAUAGUGUUUUAUCAUUGUGUGACGAUCAAACACAUUCGACAAGUGGGCAAGAAGAAGCAUUAACUACCGUUGCUGGAGGAUUACUUUCAGUGAAUCCUCCAUUAAUUGAUCCAACAACUGAGUCAAUAGCAUCAUUCUCCGAUCAGGGUGAAUUUGAAUUACCACCACCAAUGAGUGAAUUAAGUAGUGCUGUAGCUGAUGCUGCUGCUUCUAGAAACACAUCAAUGGAAGAACAACACGCAAGCGAUGUAUUAGUUGUUUGUACUGAAACAACGGAAGAUCAAAGCAGUGCUUCAGGAAAGGCAGAAAAAAAUCCUCAGGAUAUUGCAAGGCAAAAGCGACAAUAUGUGCUAAUGGAAUUGGUUGAUACAGAACGGGAUUAUGUAAAAGAUUUGAGUUCAGUGGUAGAUGGAUAUAUGGCAAAUUUGCAAACGAUGGAAUUGCCAGAGGAUUUGGUUGGCAAAGACAAAAUUAUUUUUGCAAAUAUUGCUCAGAUUCUUGAUUUUCACAAAACGUUAUUUUUAAAAGAAAUUGAAAAGUGCCUCGAAGAUUAUGAAGCUGCGGGUAAUGCCUUUGUUAAAUACGAACGAAGGCUACAUACAUAUUAUGUGAAAUAUUGUCAGAAUAAGCCAAAGUCAGACUUUCUGAUGGCACAGGAUGAUUUUGAACAGUUCUUCGCUGAAACAAAACAGAAAUUGGGUCAUAAGAUAGCACUAUGUGAUCUCUUAAUCAAGCCAGUGCAGCGUAUAAUGAAAUAUCAAUUAUUGAUGAAGGAUAUUUUGAAAUAUACAGAAAGAGCGGGUGAUCGAAUGGAUAUCUUGGAAAAAGCUCUUCAGGUAAUGCAUGUAGUACCAAAAGCAUGCGAUGAUAUGAUGCAAGUUGGCCGAUUGCAAAAUUUCGACGGAAAUUUAAGUGCUCAAGGGAAAUUGAUAUAUCAGGGAACAGUGGCAAUCUCAGAUAAUGCUCCAUCACAGCCUUUCAAAGGAAAAGAUAGGCGAAUAUUUUUGUUUGAGCAGUCUGCAAUCAUCGCCGAUUGUAUUUUGCCGAAGAAAGAAUUUGGUAAUCCUACAUACAUCUUCAAAAGUCAAAUUAUGGUUAAUAAAAUGGUAUUGGAAGCAACUGUUGCUGAUGAACCGUUACGUUUUAUUCUAAAGAGUAAUGAUCCGUCACAACCGAACGCAUUCUUAGCGCAAGCUAAUACAAUGGAAGAAAAGGAUCAGUGGAUUUCGAAAAUAAAUAGUCAAUUGGAUCAGCAAAAAACACUUCUGGCAGCUUUGGUAGACCCUAAACGUUAUCAAAAUCAACUUGCUGGAAGUGUUAACUCAUUGUCAUUGGAAGAAGUGGAUAAGAAGAAAACGUUGUUUCCACGGUUAACCGGUAAAAGUAAAGAAAGCAGUCACACUUUUUUAGGUGCUUCAUCUUCGAUGCAUCAGAAUUCUAGCAUUCAAACACUAUCAUCGAAAAGUAAUUCAUCGACAAAAUCUUCGAAGUUGUUUGGUUUUGGAAAAAAAAUGAAUCCAACAAAUAGUAAUAAGUCAGCAGCAGUAGGUAAAUUAAAGUGA